CUUUCCCUCCUGCGAUGUUGCGUGCUAGGAGCUCUGCGACGUCGGCCGUCACGUCUUUCCUUCUUUUUUUACUUUUCUUUCCGUCGUUGAUUGAGUCGACAUGCUUCAAUCCGAACGGCACCACGUCGACCGACCUUCCCUGUGACCCCAACAACGAUUCCGUUUGCUGCUCCGAGGGCUUCUACUGCCUCAGCAAUGGGCUUUGCCAAGACCCGAGAUACACAAACCCUUUACGGCUGCUACGAGGCGCUUGUAAUGAUAAAGGAUGGGGAAGCUGUCCGAGUUUCUGCAAGUCAGAAUACCCGGGAGGCGACGAAGCCGUAAACUACUGCGGCAACGGCAAAUACUGCUGUAGCUCGCAAAACUGCUGCGACGACCCGAACACCACCUUCCUCACCCUAGGCGAUCCCUCAGUCUACGCCACAGCGAUGCAAGGUGGCGACCCAAACAUCAAAACAACAGCAACCGCCCAACAACCCCAAUCCGCAACCGCCCAAGCAGCCUCCGCCUCCUCAAACCCCCCCAAUCCGGCGCAACUCUCCGCUUCCAGCCCUACCUCCCCAGCCUCAAAUCCCUCCAACACCGACUCCGCGGCGGCAAACCCGACCGCCUCUCCCCAAACGACCCCUAAAUCCUCCGCUUCCGCCUCCUACACCGGCCCCUUCCUCGCCACAAUCACCCUCGCCGGCACCACUAUAACCACCACCCUCUCCACACCCCCAUCCUCCUCCGCCCCCUCCACAAGCCCCUCCACCUCCACCCACACAUACACGACCGCCAUCGCCGUCGGCGCCAGCAUCGGCGGCACCGCGCUCCUCCUCGGCCUCCUCGGCCUCGGCGUCUUCCUGCGCAGGCGCGCGCGUGCGCGUAAAGGGCGCGCGCUCGUGGAGAUGGAUAGCGGGGGCGCGCGGAAUGAGUUUGAGGGGUCUGAGGGCGUGUGGGCGUGGAUGAGGGGGAAGAGGGGGGACGAGAAGGAGAUUGGCGGCGCGCCGGUGUUUGAGAUGAAGGAGAGGGAAGGGGAGGGGAGGCAGGGGAGGGGAGGAGAGAAAGAGAAGGGCAAGGAGAGUGGCCGGUUGAUCGGAAGGCUGGAUAGCCAUUAA